AUGAAUUUAUGGCUUUUAAUCGGCAGCUCCAUUCUCAUAUUUAAGUGCAUGAGAUGCGAGGAUAGAAACUAUCGAGUUUACAUCGAUGAAGUUAACAUUACACAAGUAGAUACAGAUGUGUAUGAAAAAUUUGAGUGUAAGGUCUUCCAAAUGGACAAUCGCACCUAUAUGGACUCGUCUCAUAUUUUCAAACGCACGAUUGAUGAUAUAAACGUGCAUGCCGCCCUGGAUUUUUGGAAGCUGAACAGCAAACAGAAAAUGAAAUUAUAUGAUGUUGAGUUUGAUGGAUGCUACAUUCUGGAAAAUGCUAACAAGAACCGAUUGUUCAAUAUGUACGUACAAAAUUUGAAAAAACAUGCAACUGUAAAAUUCAAAUGCCCCUUUCGUCCUAAUGUAAACUAUGAAGUUAAGAACUUGACAAUGAGCGAGCAGGAUUUCCCUUCGUUUGUACCUCUCGGAAAAUUUCGAUCCCUACUUGAGUAUUACACAAAUCGAAAACUGAUGGCUCGAGUCAUCGCAAAGGGACAAAUUUUGCCGUAUUCAACUGACCGAUUUAAAGUACUGGAAUGA